AUGUACAACGGAGUACGAAACUACGAACUUCGACUGCGGAAAAUUCUAUAUUGAGAAUUCUAUAUUAUUUUUUUUAUUUUUCGCGAUCUGCUUGUGUCAGACAUAUAAAAUUAAAAGUCGACUAAUAAUAUGGCUUUCAAUUUACUGAAACAAUCUGCAAAUAAAGUGAUCAGAAAUGCGGGUUUGCCGUCGUCAACGUCGGCUACAAGAGGACUGUUUACUGGUGCUGUCCGAUUAGCUAAAGAAGACAAGGGAUUAGAACAAGUUUACACCAAAAAAGAGUCACUUUUGUUGGACACUAAUAAUGUCAUUGGAAAGACACCCAACACAAGUGUUCAGAAUUAUAUCGAGGUCGACAGCAAAGUAGAUUUGAGUUCUGUUACUGGUAUACCCGAAGAACAUGUAAAGACUCGUCUUGUGAAAAUCAGCAAAGCCACCAAAAAUGUUAUGCAAUCCGGUACUGACAAUACUCACAAUUGGGUGAUGGAAUUUGACAACAGAGAGCGUUGGGAAAAUCCAUUAAUGGGUUGGACAUCAUCUGGUGAUCCGUUGUCAAACAUGAAGAUUGAGUUUGUUGACAGAGCUGAUGCCAUCAAUUUUUGCGAGAAAAAUGGAUGGAAAUGGUACUUAGAAGCAGAGAACAAGACCAGACCCAUAAGAUCUAAGUCUUAUGCAAAUAACUUCUCAUGGAACAAACGUACAAGAACUUCUACCAAGUAAACAUACCCAAUAUUUGUGUAAUAAUAGUUAAAGUAAUGCCUGUAAAAAAAAUAUAUAUUUAAUUUUCAAUGUAAAAUUCUUACUUUAGUGGAAAUUAGACACACCAUUUCUUAUAGGGUAAUAAAAUAUAAUACUCAUUUGUUGAAA